CUGCAAAACAAAAAGGUGAGUAAUCCGAGCGUCGAUAUAUCGAGUAACAUAUUGGGCUAGCUAGCUAUAUCGGGUAGUAUAUUGGACUAGCUAGCUAUAUCUAGUAAUGUAUCGUGUUAGCUAGCUAGAUCGCCCGAUAGUCGAUAUUUUUUUUCUCCUUGGGUAUAUUUUGGUGGAAAUAUUUGCUCGAUUAAUUAUAAGAAAGUGGAGAAAAAUUGAAGAUACUACCACUAUUAUUAGCCACUCGUUACUAUUAAAUGUCAGUUGUGUUUGACUGUUUUUCACGUCGUGUCUUAUUUCUCGUUUGUCAUUCAUUAAAGGGUUUAGUUAUUCAACGUACAUUAUUGAUACUUAUCUACGGUACUUUUAUUACAUGGAUAUUGAUGCUAAAUAUUAGUCGAGGCUUUUUGAAAUUUAUUGAAAAAGAUUAUCGAGUUGUUUUAUUGGCUGAUAAAUAUUUAAAAACUUAUAUUCUGCUAUAUCAGUUACACCUUGGUAUUCAUACACCUGGUAUUGCAAUUGCCAUUAGCUAUUUAACAAUGUCAAUACUAGCGUUUGUUUAUAUUCGAUUUUAUUCUAAUAUUUAUGAACUUACAUGGAGUCCGAUAACAAGAGAGUGUCUGAUGAAAUGGGAAAGUUAUAUACGUUUAAAUAUAGGUGGCAUAUUCAUGAUAACGUUAUAUUAUUGGUUAUUAGAAUUUUCGAUAUUUUUGUCAGCUACAAUCAGUGAACAAUCAUUAACAGCCCAAACAAUUGCUUACCGAACAGAAUGCCUGUUGUAUUUGAAUUCGUAUGCUUGUGCAGCAAGUGUAAAUAUACGUAUAGGACAAUAUAUUGGCGCAAAUCAACCUUCAAAAGCUAAACAACUAAAGAAUUUCAUAUAUAUUGCCACGAUACUGCCAGUACUAGUAAAUAUGAUAUUUAUACUUUCGCUCUAUAAUUGGAUUCCAUUGCUUUUUAUAUCAGAAACAGCAAAGGGGUCAGCGUCGACGCUAUCGUUUACAAAAAAAUUGUUAUUAGUUGCCGGUAAGUAA